AUGCCCUCCAACGUUCGCCCUCUCACGGGCAAGAGCACUGCCUACCAACAACAAACACGCGUACAAGCUAUUGGGAAAGGCCUCGCCUACUUCUCUGCCGCAUUCAUCGCAUUUACUUUCAUCUGCUCCAUUGCACCAGCAUCCUCACCAUCUGGCUCCCAUUCCCCAAGCAGUGGCCCGUGGCGUGGAUACUACUCGACAAAGUCUGGACGUUGCGAUCCGUUUAGCCUCCCAGGCUGGGUAGACUGGUCCAUCGGCACGAACGACCUCCCAGCAUGGCGCACCUUUGACCCCGCCUGUUCCACCACCAACCUCCUUGGCACGCUCAUCUCCACACUCAACAUCGAGGAGAAAGAUCCCAGCAAGAUCACACCACACAAGGUGCACGCAUUGUAUUCAGCGAGCAGUAGCGUCGAGGAGCUCAACGCUUUCUUCACCAACAGGACCGUGCUCAUGAUCGGCGAUCAUCAGGUGGAUCAAUCUCUUGUCUCUCACUUCUGCGCAUUGACCGGUCACACUGUCCAGACAGUCGACAAAACACAUCCGUGGGGUAGCAGUCUCAGCUCUGUCCCGCCAAAGCAUGGCUUCACGCCAGUCAAGAACAACGCUCCGCUCGCACACUAUUGCUAUCUCCCCGAGUACGACUUUUUGCUCACCUCCGUCUACACUUAUGGCGCCGAUACAUCCGACUCAUGGCGCGGCGAACAGCUCUACAACGCACCAGGACUGUUCGAAGAUCGUGUCGAUGAUCUCUUCAAACCGUACAUGCGAGUUAUGGCUUCCUCUUCGCUCACGUCUCCCGCUCUGCCAUUGCCUAGAGGGAGAAGCGAACCAGACCUGAUUUGGUUCAACUCUGGCUUGUGGGAUCUGGCAAGAUGGGCACGCUACGAUAUCGAUACAGGCGUCGGACUGCUAGAGAAUCUGUCAGAGGAGAGGAUCAUGUGGUGGAGGUCGAGGAUGAUCGACAUGCUUGGAGCUCUGCGUAAAACUUGGCGCCGAACACGCAUUGUUUGGCGAGAAACUGCUUACCCGCUCGCUUCGGAGGCGUCGACGGUUGAGGCCUUCCUCGGCAUUGAAGGAGCACAAAGGAAAAACCACCCUUUGUACCACGCCAAUCGCAUUGCGCAGCUCAACCAGGCUCAGCGCUCCGCGUUGGAAGUCCAUGGAGAUGAUGUGGUCAAGGGCGAGAGGUCGAGAAGUGCAAGGAUGCCAAGCGAUGUUGUCGGGUUGAACUUUGCAGAUGUGCUAAUGGGACAGGACCAGCACUCGUUGAAUCCUUUGGCACCAAGUCAGCUGCCUUGUGGUGCGCUGUUUGGCGAGAUGAUGCUCUGGCACCUGAGGGAUGCUGUCAGCUCAUGA